GUUUGUGGUGAUGCCUUUCGGCCUUUGCAAUGCUCCUGGCACCUUUCAGCAUGCUAUGAAUCAGAUAUUUCAUGACUACUUGGAUAAGUUUGUCAUCGUGUACCUCGAUGACAUACUUAUUUUUAGUAGGACUGCCAAGGAGCACGUUGCGCACUUCGACAAAGUCCUUAGCCUUCUUCGACAACACAAGUUCAAGAUUAACGGUGAGAAGUGCGAGUUUGGUUGCACCCGUGUCUUGUACUUGGGUCAUGAGAUUUCCGCGGAGGGAUUGAAGCCCGAUGACGCGAAGGUGGCCAGCAUUAGUGACUGGCCGUGUCCUCAGUCUGUAACUGAGAUGAGGUCCUUCUUAGGGAUGACAGGCUACUACCGCAAUUUUGUUCAGAAUUACAGCAUAGUGGCCGCCCCUUUGACGGACCUGACUCGCCUUGACACCCCAUGGGAGUGGACAAACAGGUGUGAGGCUGCUUUCAGACAACUGAAGCACGCGUUGACACACCAUGAGGUCUUGAGACUUCCUGAUCCUAACAAACCUUUCGUAGUAACUACGGAUGCUAGCCAAUAUGGCAUAGGCGCCGUACUUGCGCAGCAGGAGGGGAAGAAGUUGAGGCCGGUCGAGUACAUGUCCAAAAAGAUGCCCUCUCAGAAGUUGGCUAAGUCCACNAUAGGCGCCGUACUUGCGCAGCAGGAGGGGAAGAAGUUGAGGCCGGUCGAGUACAUGUCCAAAAAGAUGCCCUCUCAGAAGUUGGCUAAGUCCACCUAUGAGAAGGAACUCUAUGCGCUCUACAAGGCGCUCRCCCAUUGGAGACACUAUCUCCUGGGAAGGUUCUUCUACGUCAGGACUGAUCACCAGACCUUGAAGUGGAUGAGAACCCARCCUGUGCUCUCCGACGCUCUGAAGCGUUGGAUUGAAGUCAUAGCGCAGUAUGACUUCGAGMCCCAGUACAUCAAGGGCGAGUAUAACAAGGUUGCUGAUGUGCUGUCGCGUAGACCAGAUUUCUCUGGUGCGCUGAUCACUGAGUUUGGGCUUGCRGACGAUGUUACUCACUCUAUGGUGGAAGCCUAUCGCGAGGACCGGUUUAUGUCUGAGAUCAUACGCAGACUCGAGGCGAAGGACAAAGCGACUUCCGCUGAGUUUGAGUUGGUCAACGGACUGCUGUUCCUUGAGAAGGCAGGGAAUANUGAGAUCAUACGCAGACUCGAGGCGAAGGACAAAGCGACUUCCGCUGAGUUUGAGUUGGUCAACGGACUGCUGUUCCUUGAGAAGGCAGGGAAUAAACGUCUGUGUGUGCCAGAUAGGGAGUCUUUGCGUAGUUUAUUUUUAGGCGAGUGUCAUGAUGCCACGGGACAUUUUGGUUUCAAGAAGACUGCAGCCAAUCUGCUGCAGCGGUUCUGGUGGCCCACAAUGAUGAGAGAUGCCAAGCUGUACGUGGAGACUUGUCAGGUCUGUCAGAGAGACAAGCCUCGUACACAGGCCCCUCUUGGGCUCCUCAAGCCCCUUCUGAUUCCGGAAAGGCCUAGUGAGAGCUUAUCCAUGGAUUUCAUGGACACAGUCAUCACCAGCAAGAGUGGAAUGCGACACAUCUUUGUCAUCGUGGAUCGGUUUAGUAAGUAUGCUAAAUUAGUUGCAAUGCCGGAAACAGCCUAAGUCUAUCAUUAGUUGCAAUGCUAGACUAGG